UGCUGUGUUUCCGCGCCGCGCUGGGAGUUUGGGGUUGAUCCCAGCCGCCCGCUGGAACAGAGUGACCUCGGACGCUGCAGGUGACAACCACCCAGACCCUAGGCCGGCAGGUGGAGGAGGACAGACAGAGCAGGAACGGGGACCCGGCCUCUGCAGCUCAACCCCUGCGUCGGUUCCUGGUUCCCCCGAGAACAGAGAACAGCCGGUCCAGCGUGUCUCCCGGCAUGAGGAGCACGAGCAAGGAGCUGCACGGCGCCGCGAGCCGCUAUGCUCCCUGCGAUUGGUAUUACCAACUUCCUGCGAAGCAGCCUGAGAAAGCUGUGGAUGCCCCGCCAGCGUCCCAGAUCCCAGGCCUCAGUGACCAGAGGGAAGCCCCCCGUGGGUACACGCCCGGGGAACGAAGGUACUUGGUGAAGGAAACGGACUCAGAGUACGUGAAGCUAUCGAAGCAAGGCGGCCAGCCCGAUCUGUUGAAGCACUUUGCCUCCGGGACCAGGAAGGGCUCCCCCGUGGCCUACUCCGUGCCAGACUGGUACGGCCACCACAGCCAGCCGCCGACGGCCAACCGGAGGCAGGUCCCCGCUGUGUCCAUACCGGAUUACAUGGUUCAUGAAGACUCUCACCCCGGUCACGCCAGUGGCAACUACGAGUACAGAAGGGGGCCCUUCGACUUCGACAUGAAGACGGUUUGGCAAAGAGAGGCCGAGGAACUGGAAAAGGAGGAAAAAAAGGUGAGGCUACCAGCCAUCAAGUCCAUGUAUCCGAGCAAAGCCGGGACCCCGCUUGGCCCCAAAGACCCUGCAGGAAGCAAACUGUCCUUUCCCCCCAUGCCUGGUCGAAAAACCAGUUCACCCACAAACUUUUCCAAACUUAUUAGCAAUGGAUAUAAUGCUGAGUGGUUACAGCAGCAAGCAGACCCAGACAAGAGGACCCCGCAGACAUCCAGGGCCUCUGCUUCGUCUCCGUCCCAGUCUCCGUGGGACACCGAGCCGCCCCCAGACCCAGAGGCUCCGGAAGGUGCCAAGGAAGGCCCAGCGUCUUCUCCAAGUGAGUAUUUAUAGAGAAACGGACCUGCAUCCAAGUAUAAAAAGUGUCUCAGGCACAAAAACAAUUGAUGGACAUAGUUCUUCAAUCUGAAGAUGAGGCAUCUCAGAAGGCUGUGAGGUCCCUCUCCAAACUACCCAUGUUCUAACUACAAAAGCUGGUGACAUCUAUGUCUUUAAAAAGUCAGAGUUCUAGGACUUCCCUGGCAGUCCAGUGGUUAAGACUCCGCGCUUCCAUUGCAGGGGGCACGAGUUCCAUCCCUGGUGAGGGAACUAAGAUCCUGCAUGCUGCGCAGAGGGGCCCCCCCAAAAAAAAGAAAAAAAGAGAAAAAAAGUCAGACUUCUAGAAACACAGUUUGGGGACAGCAAAAGAAGGACCACUUACAUUAUUACAACAGAAUUAUUCUUUUAUGCGUAUCACACAAGAUAAAGCAUAUUUCAGUUUACUUCAGAAGCAUACAUUUUAUUAGACACUACGUGAGAAAUGUGGGUUUAAAUAAUGGUAAAGAAGUGAAAGGCCAGGAGAGGCCUCUAAAUACAGAUGCCCCUAUAUACACUACCAAAUGUAAAAUAGAUGGUUAGCGGGAAGCAGCCACAUAGCAAAGGGAGAUCAGCUCGGUGCUUUGUG